GGGGAGGGGCGUGGGAGGGGCUGACGGGAGCGUUCAAAAGCCUUAGGAGCGCGGGCCGGAGGCUGCCUGCCCCGACUCCAGCGAGAGCCCCACAGGAGCGGCAGCAUAAGGGGCUGACCACUGAUUUCCUGUCCCCCACCCCCUUUCUCCUAGCCAUGGAAGGGAGAGAAGAUACGGAGUGCAGCUCGGAUGUGGUGGCUUUUGCCGAAGCUCAGAGAUGGGUGGAGGCUGUCACUGGGAAAAGCUUUGGAACCAAAGACUUUCGAGCAGCUUUAGAAAAUGGAAUUCUGUUGUGCGAUUUGGUUAACAAGAUCAAACCUGGUAUCAUUAAGAAGAUCAAUCGUCUGUCUACACCAAUAGCUGGUUUGGAUAAUAUAAAUGUUUUUCUGAAAGCUUGUGAAAAUAUUGGAUUGAAAGAAGCUCAGCUUUUUCAUCCUGGGGAUCUUCAGGAUUUAUCCAGUCGAGUUACUGUCAAGCAAGAAGAGACCAACAGAAGACUGAAGAAUGUUUUGAUUACAUUAUACUGGCUGGGGAGGAAAGCACAAAACAACCCUCAUUAUAAUGGUCCACACCUUAACCUUAAAGCAUUUGAGAAAUUACUAGGACAAGGUCUGACCAGGGCCCUCGAAGAAUCCUGCAGCCUGAAAAACAGUGGCAGGGAUAGCGGGUACGGUGAUAUUUGGUACCUUGACCGUGGAGAAGCAUUUUCACCUUCCACUAGCCAUAAAAGAGACGAUUCUUUUGAUAGCCUGGACUCCUUUGGUUCAAGAUCCUCUGCAAGCUUUUCAUCAGAUAUAACCUUGAAGGGUGGCAGUGAAGGUUGUGAAAGUGACACGGACUCUGAACUGCCUUACAAAAUGCAUGAUUCUAGCAAAGAUGACAUGUCAUACCGCAGGAUUGCUGUGAUUGAACCAAAGACUACUACAGAGUUCAAUCGUUUCUUACCAAGCAAAGCCAAACCGGCAUCAUAUAUGCCAGCGCCACUCAGGAAAAAAAGGACAGAGAAGAAUGAGGACAAUAGAAGAAGUUGGGCAAGUCCUGUCUUCACUGAGCCAGAUGGAACAUUUUCAAGUAACCAGAGGAGGCAGAGGCAUUUGGACCCUAAAGAGGAAAACAAGCCAAAAGUUAAUAUUUCUUCAAAAUUCUCCGGCUAUUCUGAUGAUGAGGAAGAAAAGGCAGUAGGCAUCCCAAACAUUGAAAAAGAUGAUCUCUAUGUUCGCAAAUUAAGCUCAGCCAUUUCAAACCCAGCAGUUUGUUUUGACAAGUUUCUUCCUAAGUUUUGGACUCCAGAAGAGGAAUUGCAUUGGAAAAAAGUAAAAAAAGGAUCCUCUUCCAAACCAUGGUAUAAGGAGCUUCAGGGAUUCAGUCAGUUUUCAUUACUGCAGACCCUCCAAAAAUACUCUGAUGAUUAUUUGUCUUCUGAAAUGAAGACCAAAAUUGAUCCUACUUCUGGCCCUAGGGUCAUAACAUGCAGGAAGAAUAUUUCUUCAACACCAGGAUGCAAUCAGAGGGAAACUAUGAAUGGAGACCUGUAUCCAGACUUAGAAAAUGAUGAUUUAUUUAUUCGGAAAACUGGGGCUUUCCAGUUGAAUCCAGUUGCUCUUCAAGCUUUUGAAUAUUUUAGAAAAUCCUCUGGACAAGAACCUCUUCUAGAGGGUGAAAUAAUUCUGCAGCCCAGAGAGGGACAGCCUGUUAUUCCGGAUUUAGAAAAAGAUGACAUGAUUGUCCGAAAAGUACAAACACAGAAAAAAGAGGCAUCUUUAUCAGGUGCUCCUUGGAGUCUCCCACCAGAAAUCCAAUCCAAAUUUCUUUGUUUACUUGACAAGACUACCACAACAGAAGAGGAAAAAAAUGGCGGUAUAGUCUUAUCACCCUCUUCACGACAUAAGAAAGAUGACAUGCUAACUCGCAAGAUUGAGUCUUGGAAAGUAGGAAGUGUUGUGCAACCAGUCAGUUUUACUCCAGGUCCAUGCAGUGAAGAAGACUGGAAAAAAUGGGAGGCUAUCAGAGAGGCCAGCAAAGUUAAACACAAGAAACGCCAGAUGGUUAAGAGACUGUUUCAAAAGCUUUCUGAUGAGGAUGGGAGCAAGUCUUUGAAUGAUGUCAGUGUAGAUGAGACACUCCUGCUGCGCCAGAUUCGUUAUGAUGAGCUACAGAAAAUGAAGUCCAAAAUACAAGAACAAGAUCAGAAGUGGCAAGAUGAUCUAGCAAAAUGGAAAAAUCGCAGAAAAAGUUUCACUUCGGAUUUGCAAAAGAAAAAGGAAGAGAGAGAAGAAAUUGAAAGAAGAGCCUCUGAGACUUCUGAAAGAAAUAGCAAGUCACUGAGAGAAAUGCAGCAGAACAGAGAGAACCAGUAUCAAGGAUCCUAUAGUGUCAUGCAGCAAAAAAGUGAACGCAGGUGGAUGUCUUCAUCAGAUGAUGUAUUUAGUGAAGAAAAAACACCUUCCAGACCAUCAGAAGCAAAAGAUUACCUUGUCGAAAAAGAUGCCCCUUACAGCUUUAAGAAGACUGAAAAAUCAUAUGCACAAACUAACAAAGAGAAUUCUGAAAAGCCAGAGAGAGAUGCAACAGUUGAAACUCAAAUUCCAUCUAAAAGCCUAUUAGAAGAACAGAGCUCAGUCCCUUUGUCUACUUACCAUUCAAUGAAUGCACAAAUGGGGUUAGCUCGGGUUUCAGCUUCUCUCCCCAGAAAUUACCAGAAAACUGAUACCGCUAGGUUGACAUCUGUGGUUACACCAAGACCUUUUGGUGUCCAUUCAAGAGGAAUCUCAUCACUUCCCAGAUCAUUUACGGUGGAUGAUGCCCAAAAGUACAAUGGAGAAGUAGAUAGAUCUAAGAAAUCUCAAACUUUGCUCACCAGCUAUUCGUUUUCACAACUCGAUGCAGAGCCACUUCUCUCUACAGAUCCAAAAACAAGUGGUGGUGAAGAGGAAAAGGAAAGGAUUAAAAGAACAGAGUCUCCUACAUUGAUAGCCUCUGCUACAUCCCAAUAUCAAGAUACAGUGCCCCAUGGUCUUAAAUCAGAGUAUUACACUCCUCCUGACACUAUUACAGUUUCUUCUUCUGCAGAAAUAAAAAGCCUGCCAGAACCAGAGGUUUCAGUGUCACUGGACCAGUACAGUGAAAUGAGAAUCAGUAUAAACCAGAGACCUGGUAACAGUCGCAGCUUUGGGUUCACAACAAAUUGGAAACCUUCUGGGGUUUUUGUACAGACAGUUGAAGAAGGUAGCCCUGCAGACCUUUGCCAGCUACAAGUAGAUGAUGAAAUCAUUGCUGUUGAUGGCACAAGGGCUUCACAAAUGGACCAUAAUCAGUGGGAAGAAGCCAUGGCCAAUGCACUAGAAACUGGAAACCUGGUCAUGGAUGUCAGACGAUAUGGGAAAAAUGAUUGGGGCAAAGACCAACCUUCCCUGCCAUAUGUAAGGCAUAAAGUCCUCAAUCUUACCAGUAUGGCUACCAACAUUGUAGGUACACCUGAAAGCAAAUGGAUUGAUGCGAUUUCUGGAGAUCACAAUUCUACCAAGUCUUCAAACAUAUCGGCCAAAAGAGAGUUCUCCAAUAGCCUUCAAAAUUCGGAUCCUGAAGGAAAAAUGAUAAAUGGAAUGCAAGCAGAUCUGAGCUCUAAUGAACAAAAAGAAUCUGAACCUAUUUCUUUGAAAAACUUAAAAAGACGGUCACAAUUUUUUGAACAAGGAGGUUCAGAGCCUGCAAUGUCUGAUCUUCCAGUUCCAUCUAUUAAUGUUCCUAGUCGUCGGGCUUGGGACCAAGAAGAAGAGAGAAAACGACAGGAAAAAUGGCAGAAAGAACAAGAACGUUUACUUCAGGAGAAAUACAAACGUGAACAGGAACAAUUGAGGGAAGAAUGGCUCCGUGCUCAGCAAGAAGCGGAAAGAGAGAGUUCCAAAUAUUUAGAUGAGGAGACAAGUGUCCUAACCUCAAACAUAAUAUCUGUAACUGCACAUGCACCACCUAUAUCUAGUUGGAGAUCACACAUGAGAGAAGACACUGAUGUUUCUGAAGGAGACAGAAGACAUGAGUGGGGUGAACAGCAGAAUGAGGAAGAGAGAGAAAUGGGAAGGAAGAGACUCCAGGAGGAAAGAAGACGUCAAGAGGAAGAAGCCCUUCAUUUGGAGCAACAAAGGAAAGCCCAAGAACUAAAGCUUGAAAGGGAGCGAAAAGAAAAGGAACAACAGUAUGCCGAGGAGCAGAAGCGGCGGGCGGAGGCGGAGGAGCAGAAGCGGCGGGCGGAGGCGGAGGAGCAGAAGCGGCGGGCGGAGAGAGAACAGGAGAUACCAGUGCAGAUACCCCAAUACCGAAGGCAUUAUGAACAUUAUGAAGGCUCUAAAAACUUUGAAGAUCCACCUGGCCACUUCCUUGCUGACAGGAUUGAUGACCGGCAAGGAUUUCCCCAAGAAGCAUCCUCAUGUAGCAUAAAUAAAUCUCGAUCAACUUCAGAACUGGAUGAUUACCCGAAAAGUCGAAAUGGUACCAACAACAAAUAUUUGGAAAGAUCUUGGAAUGUCAGUGAUUCACAGAGGGGGUCUCAGAAAGAGCAUGCGAUGUCUUCAGCAGAAAUGGAGAGACAACAUAUCCUUCAGGAAAUGAGGAAGAAAACACCACUACAUACAGACAACAGUUGGAUUAGGCAGCGCAGUUCUAGUGUUAAUAAGGACCCCCUUAUUCUAAACAAGAAUACAAUGAGGAGAGGUGAAUCUUUAGAUAAUCUUGAUUCCUCAAAAACAAGUUCAUGGAGACGUCAGCCUUGGACAAAUCAAUCUACUUCUUCCACAUCCUUGUCAUCUAGUCAAGAUUUUAGUCGCUCUGCUGCUCCACUAGUGUCUACUUCAAACCGGGCCUACAUGCGUACCCCCUCCUCCAGUACAGGACCUCCUUCUUCCAGCUCUGGAAGAUCAGUGACUUCAUCCCACACUUUGCCCUCAGCAUCUUCUUCUGUACCCCGUGCUCAGUCUCCUACCUCUGCUUCCCAGUCAGGAGCUCAGCAGCGGAACAGGUCAGUCAGUGGGAAGAGAGUAUGUUCAUACUGUAAUAACGUUUUGGGCAAAGGAGCAGCCAUGAUCAUCGAAUCUCUUGGUCUUUGUUAUCAUUUACGUUGUUUUAAGUGCGUGGCUUGUGAACGUGACCUUGGGGGCUCACAGUCAGGAGCUGAAGUCAGGAUCCGAAACAAUGAGCUCUUCUGCAAUGACUGCUAUGUCAGAUUUAAAACUGGACAACCAACCUCCAUGUGAAACAACUGAACAUAUGAAACCAUUGUUGCAGAUAAAAGAAGAGGUGGUUGCUGGUGAUGUAGAUCUAUAAAUAUGUAUUUUGUUUGUGUUUUUUCAGGGUAACUUUUUUUUGCUUGUCUAGAUUAUGUAGAAAAUAUAUUGUAUUCUUCAUUCAACUGUAUUUUUUAGUUAUUUAUGAGACUGUAAUCACAAGAAGGAAAUCUCUUGGGGCGGGGGGGAAAGAGAGGAGGGAACCACAUUCACUUUUUGAGUUCACUGUACUUAAAAGCACAAGGGAGAACAAACAUUUAUCAGUAAUAACAUGAAAACAAUUCUGAGGCUAAUAAUCAGCUAGCAGAGUUUCCAGUGGUAUAUGAAGAGGGUAUUUUGUUUUUUAUGCUCUUAAAUGAGCCCUAUUGAAAUAGUUAAUAUAAAUAUGUAUUUGUAAUUGCUGUCUUUAUUUGACACAUACUACAAAGUGACUUCUCCUAAAAUAAUAUAAGCUGCAUUAAAAUGUACACCAAAAUGUUUGAUUUCUGUAUUCUGAUUUCUAAAACUGUUUGUUUUUGAAAGUAAAAUACAAAGUAUAGCAUAGUGGUAAUGGUAUAAUGUUCUGCAGAAGAACAAUGGAAACUGUUUGGAGGAAAGGGGUCUAUUUUCUCUUUUAUUAUUGAAAAAUACAACUAUCACUUACCCUGAUAAGUUGAUUCAGAAAAUGGAUAAUUUUUCUGUUGAAUUCCAGAAUAUUUGUAAAUAAAUUUUCUGAUGCGGCAUUUAUCCGGUAUUUUCUUCUCUUUCCUGCAUUUCAAAAUAUCAAGGUCCAUGAAUGGUGCAUAGGUUGAAUUUUCUGAAAAAUAAAGAUGAUU